CGCCUCCAUCGCCUACCCUGAGAGUGCUCCGAGGGAACCGAGGAGGCGGCGGCCGUAACUGGAGACUGAGAUAUUUGCUUCCGUGAGAAGGCCGAGAUGACGGGUUCUAACGAGUUCAAGUUGAACCAGCCACCCGAGGAUGGCAUCUCCUCUGUGAAGUUCAGCCCAAACACUUCCCAGUUCCUGCUGGUCUCCUCCUGGGACACGUCGGUGCGCCUCUACGAUGUGCCAGCCAACUCCAUGCGGCUCAAGUACCAGCACACUGGCGCGGUCCUGGACUGCGCGUUCUAUGAUCCAACACAUGCGUGGAGUGGGGGAUUAGAUCAUCAGUUGAAAAUGCAUGAUUUGAACACGGAUCAAGAAAAUCUUGUUGGAACCCACGAUGCCCCUAUCAGAUGUGUUGAAUACUGUCCAGAAGUGAACGUGAUGGUUACUGGAAGUUGGGAUCAGACGGUUAAACUGUGGGAUCCCAGAACUCCUUGUAAUGCUGGGACCUUCUCUCAGCCUGAAAAGGUAUACACACUCUCAGUGUCUGGAGACCGGUUGAUCGUGGGUACAGCAGGCCGCAGAGUGUUAGUGUGGGACUUACGGAACAUGGGCUAUGUGCAGCAGCGCAGGGAGUCCAGCCUGAAAUACCAGACUCGUUGCAUACGAGCAUUUCCAAACAAGCAGGGUUAUGUACUGAGCUCUAUUGAAGGACGAGUGGCAGUUGAAUACUUGGACCCAAGCCCUGAGGUGCAGAAGAAGAAGUAUGCCUUCAAAUGUCACAGACUAAAAGAAAAUAAUAUCGAGCAGAUUUACCCAGUCAACGCUAUCUCCUUUCAUAAUAUCCACAAUACGUUUGCCACAGGUGGUUCUGAUGGAUUUGUAAAUAUUUGGGAUCCAUUUAACAAAAAGCGACUGUGUCAGUUUCAUCGAUACCCCACCAGCAUCGCAUCACUUGCCUUCAGCAAUGAUGGGACUACACUUGCAAUAGCAUCAUCAUAUAUGUAUGAAAUGGAUGACACGGAACAUCCUGAAGAUGGUAUCUUCAUUCGCCAAGUGACAGAUGCAGAAACAAAACCCAAGCAGCCAGAAUUGAAGAAUUGUGACUCCACAUAUCUAUGGGAGCUGAAGUACUCUGCGGCCAUCUGGCAGAUUCCUGCAGCUGUCUCCUAGCCUGCAGGGCAAGGUGGCCCUGAGGAUUGACCCAGGACAGGAUCCCUCC